AUUUCCCGCUUGCACGAACCCAUCGUUGUGGCUGGCUCGUUGUGACUUCGAACUUCGAGAUCAACGACCGUCGUUAUGUCGCUCAGCACGGCAAGGAACUCGUUAAUCCUCUUAUGUUCCCAUUUUUCUACCCCUACCCUUUCGCGUUUCACCCGCUAGUCUCGCAUUCACCCUUCCUAGUGUCGCAUUCACCCGCUGGUGUCUCAUUCACCCCGCUGGUGUCGCAUUCACCCUUUCACGCACCAAUGGCAUCUGAUCGGCCAGGUUCUAAUCCGCAAUACUCGAUUCCUAUUGGCGGAGCGACAGGCGGGUUAGGAGGCCUGAGCCAGCCGCAUUACCGAGCCUACGACCGACCCUCGGCAAUGACGCUAGGCUCGGACUCGUCCCCCGUGGCGGACGCUAGGCUCGGAGACGCUAGGCUCGGCGUUUCCGCCUCGGCCGCGCACGGCGGGCCCCCGCCAAGCCCGGGACCCAGGCGGAAGCUGCAGCAGAAGUUUCUGGCGGACGUGGUUAAGUGGCUGGUGGGAUUCGUUAUUAUCACAUCCUUCUGUAGCCUCUUGUACGUUGGGUCGCUGACAGACGCCCUGAGAAAGGAAGACAUCACCACCUCGCCCCUCAUGUCCAGCAUCACCCACCACGAGAGCAUGCAGUCGGAGCAGAUGACGUCCCUCUCAGCCACGGUGGCCGAGAUCAACAACCGCACCAACGCUGCCCUGCACUCCCUCUCGCUCCUCCUCUCCCGCCUCGACCAGCAGCAAACCCACUCCCUCACUCUCGAAAACGAGCUCGCGGCUCUCACCACCGCCGCCACCACCCACCUCUCCGACCCGCCCCCCCUCUCGGCCUCCGCUCUCAACUCCCUCUUAGCUAAGCACUCCGGGCAGCUCUCGGCAAAUUCCGAAAAGCUGACCGAAAACUUCAAGAGGGAGCUCCUAGAUGAGGUGGUUUCAGUGAAGGAGGUGAUUCUAAGGGUGGCGGGGCCGGUGGCUCAAGCAGGGUUGAGACAGGAGCUGCAGGGAGAGCUUGAGAAAGUAACAAAGGGAGUGGUGGGAUCGGUGUCUGCAGCGGUGGGAGAGCAGAGCAAGGGGGUAGUUAUGGAACUUAGUAAAGUGCUGGGGGAGAGGAGCAAAGAGGCAGCGGCAGAAACGGCUAAGAUAGGGGAGAGGGUCGCUUCUGAAGCUGCAGCGGCGGCGGCUGCUGCUGUGGUGGCGAAAGUGGGGCAAGAGAUGGGCCUGAGACAGGGGGGGGGGGGGGAGCAGGGGGGGAUGCAGGGGGAGGGAGUUGGGGGGAGUGAUGGGAAGGAGCUGAAGUCCCUGCAUGAGUCUCUGCAGGUGUCGAUUAAGGAGGCUGCGGAGAGAGUGGCUGAGUUGGUGCGGCACGCCGAGCAGAUCAAGACCCACUUGGCCGCUGUGCCCUCUUCUGUUCCCGUGAACAGUGGCGUGAACAGUGCUGUGAACAGCGCGGUCGAGAGAUUGGAGCGGGUUGCUCGGCAGCUAGUGGAGAGAGGAGGAGGAGGAGGAGGAGGAGGGGAGAGGAGAGGGGGGAGGAAUGGCGGAGGAGGGGAGGAGGCAGAGAGAAUGAAGGGAGAGCUGGAGAGGAAGGACGAGAUCAUCUCCCAGCUGCAGGCACGGCUCUCAGCCACAGCUGGCCAUGGCGCAAUGGGGGCUGUGCGGGCCUCACAAGGCGCAUCACCCCAUGCUUUGCCCAGAUUCGGGGGCUACAGCUUCGUGCAUUUCAGCUCUCACAGGGUGGGGGAGGCGUCCUUCGCAGCAGUGGGGUUGGGGCUAAGGGCAGCUCGAGACCUGCGCCGCGCCAGCCACUGUGUAUGGAAACAAUCCAACCAAUCCUCGUCCACCUCAGCCUCAUCCGCCACGUCAGCGCCAUCGGCCCCGUCAUCAUUACCAGCAGAGGAAGCAGCAGUGACGGGAUCGCUCCGCAUCGUCUACCCGUCAGACAGCAGAGAGACGACCUACGAGACGGUCAUUCUACUCUGCUCGUUCCCCUCCCCUGUGCCUCCCGGUGAAGGGGGAACAAUCGCUGCUGUGGUGGACGAUGAGCCCAUCCCCCUGCUGCUACAAGGCAGCAGCAGCAGCAGCAGCAGAAGCUCCUCCGCUCCUCCCGCCGCCCUCCCCUUCCUUACCACCCUCUGUCUCCCCCCGCUCUACGGCCCCUCCAUCCUCCCCCGCUCUCUCCUCGAGUUCCUCCACUACCACCGCCUCUUUGGCGCCGACCACUCCACGCUCUACGACGCGGGCGGCGCCACGUCAGCAGUCCGCACCACGCUGGCCGCUGACGUGGCGCGGGGCCGCGUCGAGAUCAUCUCCCUCGACGGAAUCCAGCCGUUCAAUCCGUGGAACCACGGGCAAAUCCUGGCCCUCCAUGACUGCCUGUACCGCGCCCGAGUCUCCUCCCAGUGGGUGCUGUACCUCGACAUGGACGAUUUCCUCUACCUCCCUCCCUCCACCGUCCCGCUCCCCAUCCCUCCUCUCCAAGCCUUCCUCUCUCGCUUCCCCUCCCCUCCCUCCUCCCCCUCCUCCCCCUCCUCUUCCACUCCUGCCACUGAAGCCGCCACCACCACCAGCACCGCAUCUCACCCAGCAGCACCCACCCCACAGUCCCCCCCACCACCGGCAGUCAUCACCUUCGGGUCGCUCUGGUUCAGCGUCCGUCAGUGCCGGCCGCGCAUCGAGCACGAAGAGGAGGUGCUCGGCGUUCCCCAGUACGCGCACGAGUUCACAGACUACGAGGAGGCGAAGCAAGCACUCCUGCCGCAGUCAGCGGACGAGGCGUGGGGCGGGCAGCGGGAUGACGAGUUUCUGAUUGAGAGAUUCGUGUUCCACUGGCCCGACCCCGCGUGCCACAGCAACGGGGAGGGCGGGCGGUUUGUGAGUCCAAAGAUGUGCCUUGGGGAGCAGGGCCACCGCAAGUUCAUCGUUGACCCCAGGAAGGUGGACCGCAUGGGUGUGUUUGGGCCACAUAGCGAAGAUGCCCCCACCCUAUCGCUCCUCAACCUCUCGACCGAUGACUUCCUCCUACUGCACUACCGCGAGCUGGGGCUGGUGGCGGACCUGCACGUGUGCAACGAGACGGUGCGGGUGAGGGACAGCGUGGGGUGGUGGCACAACAGCACCACGUAUGCGCGGUCCGCGUGGCAGCUCAGGCAGAAGGUCCACUGCAGCUUCACGCAACAUGGGUGUGAAGACCCCACUCAUGAAGCCUUUUCACGUUCGUAGCUUGGAUUUCCCGGAUGAAUAUAGACGUAAUGUCAUAGCAUAUGUUUUUUGUUAAAAGAAGCCAUUAGAUGGUAAAUUAUCCCAGAUUUGAGAGCUCAUAAGCCGUUUCACUAUACU